CCUGCCAGUGCCGGAGCAGAGCAGACAGCACCGAGGCUUGGGUGGCUGUGGCCGCGGAGCUGGCCCUGCGGGGCUCCGGGGGGGGAGGGGGAGCCGCGAAGCCCCCGCCGAGGCCGCCGCCGCCGGGCCUCCCCUCCCCCCUCCCGGGCGGGCGCCAUGCGGGGGGGCCCGGGUGACGCGGAGCGGAGGCAGCGCUGGGGUCGCCUCUUCGAGGAGCUGGACAGUAACAAGGAUGGCCGCGUGGACGUGCACGAGUUGCGCCAGGGACUGGCCCGGUUGGGCGGGGGCGACCCGGACCGCGGCGCCCGACAGGACAUCUCCCCGGAAGGCGACACAGAUCCUGAUGCCGGCUUUGACCUGGAGGAGUUUAGUCGCUACCUGCAGGAGCGGGAGCAGCGCUUGCUACUUAUGUUCCACAGUUUGGACCGGAACCAGGAUGGUCACAUCGAUGUCUCUGAGAUCCAACAGAGUUUCCGGGCUCUGGGCAUUUCCAUCUCGCUGAAGCAGGCGGAGAAAAUUCUGCACAGCAUGGACCGUGAUGGCACGAUGACCAUUGACUGGCAGGAAUGGCGAGACCACUUCCUGUUACACUCGCUGGAGAACGUGGAGGAUGUGCUCUAUUUCUGGAAGCAUUCCAUGGUCCUAGACAUUGGCGAGUGCCUGACCGUGCCAGAUGAGUUCUCGGAGCAGGAAAAGCUGACUGGCAUGUGGUGGAAGCAGCUAGUGGCAGGCGCCGUGGCGGGGGCCGUGUCGCGGACAGGCACAGCCCCCCUGGAUCGCCUCAAGGUCUUCAUGCAGGUUCACGCCUCCAAGACCAACCAGCUGAACAUCCUGGGGGGCCUGCGGAGCAUGAUCCGUGAGGGGGGCGUCCACUCCCUUUGGCGUGGCAACGGCAUCAACGUGCUCAAGAUUGCACCGGAGUCGGCUAUCAAGUUCAUGGCCUAUGAGCAGAUCAAACGGGCCAUCCGGGGGCAGCAGGAGAUGCUGCACGUGCAGGAGCGCUUUGUGGCUGGAUCUCUGGCUGGCGCCACAGCCCAAACCAUCAUUUACCCCAUGGAGGUGCUGAAGACACGGCUGACCCUGCGCCGGACAGGCCAGUACAAGGGGCUGCUGGACUGUGCACGGCGGAUCCUGGAGAGAGAAGGGCCCCUUGCCUUCUACCGAGGUUACCUGCCCAACGUGCUGGGCAUCAUUCCAUACGCAGGCAUUGAUCUGGCCGUCUACGAGACCCUGAAGAACCAGUGGCUCCAGCAGUCCAGCCACGACUCGGCAGACCCAGGCAUCCUUGUGCUCCUGGCUUGCGGUACCGUCUCCAGCACCUGUGGCCAGAUAGCCAGUUACCCCCUGGCCCUGGUCCGGACCCGCAUGCAGGCCCAAGCCUCCAUCGAGGGUGCCCCCCAGCUCUCCAUGCUGGGUCUGCUCCGUCACAUCCUGUCCCAGGAAGGUGUGCGGGGUCUCUACCGGGGCAUUGCCCCCAACUUCCUGAAGGUUGUCCCGGCCGUGAGCAUCUCCUACGUGGUCUACGAAAACAUGAAGCAGGCCCUGGGGGUCACGUCCAGGUGAGGGGCCCAAGGGACCCUCAACCCGAUCGUGAUGCCCCCCCCCACAUCAUACCUCUGUCACUGGAGACUGAGAGCCCAGCCACCGGAUCCCGGAUCCCCCCCCUGCCCAAACCACUGGAUCCCUACAUUCAGCCCCUACACUCCACUCCUCCAGUUCUGGAUCCUGGAUUCCGUACCCCACCCUGCUGUCUGAUGUCCUUAUCACAAGACCUGAGGUUCUUCACACCCCCACCCUUGGAUCCCCAUCCCCCCAAACCGCUGGACCCUGCAUCCCCCCCAUUCCAGCUACUGGAUCUGCAUUUCCCUGCUCCACUCACUGGGGCCUGAGGCUCUCUGGGUUCUAGGCACUUGAUUCCCCACAACUCAGCUCAUGGAUCCGGGUACCCUGUAGCACAGAUCUGAUCCCUGUAGCUCAACAUGCAGACCCCAAGCUCCCACAGGCCCUGGAUCCAGUGCAGCCAUGGAUCCUUGAUCUCCCACCCCAUGACUGAAUCCCACAUCCCCACACUUCAAUCACCAAACUCUGCCACUGGAUUCUGGAUAUCAAGAAAACCCUGGUCACUGGAUCCUGACAAUGCAAUGCCUAGGUCCUGAGACUCCAACUACUGGAUCCCAGAUCCCCUCCUCCCAACCACUGGAUUCCUGAAGUCCUAUACCGUGGCCACUGAAUCCCAGAUGCCCAUGCUUCGACUGCCAGACCCCUGCAUUUCAGCCACUAUACCCUCAACCCCCCCAACUACUGGAUCCCAGAUUCCCAAGCUCCAACCCACCAGGUUAUGGCUCCUAAAGCCACAAGGACAAGAGCCCAACAGCCCAGCAAUGGGAUCCUGGCACUGCAGGAUCCACUGGAUCCCAGAUUCUGGAUCCCAAAUUCCUUCACCCCAGUCACAGGAUUCUACCAAAAAAAAAUCUCAUCCAAUAGAAGUCACACCCUGAUCCCGAACCCUCAGAGCCCAAGUCCUAGAUCCCAGUAGCCCA